UACCAUGACAGCAUCUUUGUCACCGCUGGAGUAUCUUAUCGUGCAUUACAGAUGGGUUCUCGUGUGCUUUGUUCUGCUGCCUGUGUCUCUGGUGUACGACUUGUUCUACUACGUGAGGAGUUACAUCAUCUUCAAGCUGAACAGUGCUCCGCAUAAGCAUGGCGACAAAGUGAAACACGUACAGCGACAGGUGCGGCAGUGGAUUUCUGAUGGGCGGCCGACACAGAUGUGCACGGCACGGCCCGGCUGGCAGACCAUCAGCUUCCGCAGACCCGCCUACAAGAGCCGCCUGUACUGCGUCAGCGUCAACCUCAUGGAUGUCGUACGCGUCGAUGAAACCAAACAGACGGUACUGGUGGAGCCAAUGGUGAGCAUGGGGCAGCUGACGGCACUGCUGCUCUCCUCCGGCUGGACCAUCCCCGUUGUCCCGGAACUCGACGACCUCACAGUUGGAGGCCUUGUGAUGGGUACUGGGGUGGAGAGCUCUUCGCACAAGCACGGCCUCAUCCAGCACAUCUGCGUGUCCUAUGAGCUUGUCUUGGCUGACGGCAGUGUUGUUGUCUGUGAUAAGGAGAACAACGCAGACCUGUUUUACGCAGUCCCUUGGUCUUAUGGGACUCUGGGUUUCCUUACUGCAGUCGAAUUCAGAAUCAUCCCGUCCAAAAAGUAUGUGAAACUCGAUUAUAAACCCGUCAAAUCUCUAGACGAAACGGUGAAAGUUUUCUCAGAGGCGGCAGCCAGGAAAGAAGGAAACAUGUUCAUCGAGGGUCUGCAGUUCAGCUUGAACGAGGGCGUCAUCAUGGUUGGCAACAUGGUGGACGAUUAUGAACCUGGCAAGCUAAACGAAAUAGGUAAAUGGCACAAGCCGUGGUUCUUCAUGCAUGUGAAAUCUUUCCUGAAGAAGGGCGAAGGGACAGAAUACAUUCCGCUAAGAGACUAUUACCACCGACACACAAGAUCAAUCUUCUGGGAGAUUCAGGACAUAGUACCUUUCGGAAACAAUAUACUCUUCCGUUGGCUUUUUGGUUGGAUGGUUCCGCCCAAGGUUUCUCUACUAAAAUUGACACAGGGAGAAACAGUUAAGAAGCUGUAUGAGAAUAAUCACAUUAUACAGGACAUGCUCGUCCCGAUGCAAGAACUGAAGAAGUCAAUCGAAGUGUUUCACAAAGAGGUUGAGGUCUAUCCACUGUGGCUGUGUCCGUUCAAAUUAACCAACGAGCCAGGCAUGGUUCAUUCGUUUAGCGAUAAAGAUGAGUUAUAUGUCGAUAUAGGAGUAUAUGGGGUGCCUAAAGUUAAGAAUUUCCAUCCUGUGGACACAACAAGGCGCUUAGAAGAACAUGUAAGAAAUGUAAAAGGGUAUCAGAUGCUGUACGCAGACAGUUACAUGACGAAGAAGGAGUUUGAAGUCAUGUUUGAUCACACACUCUACUGGAAGGUCCGCGAUCAAUUAAAUUGCAAAGAUGCUUUUCCAGAAGUGUAUGAAAAAUGCAACAAGAGUGCCAGGAUCUAGCAUGCUCCACAAAUGCUCAUAAUUUUGUUAUUGUAAAGACUUUUUUAUUGAACAAUUAAAAUGCGAUUACUGCUAA